CUUGCUAGAAAGCACUGGCUGCCAAGACAUCAGUGCUGCGAGGCAGGGUUAUUCCUCACUGAGCGGAGCCUGCCAGGAAGAAAGAGUUUGCGCCCUGCACACUGCAGGUGUGACGGUGAGCUCACAGCCGCCCCCAGGCAUGCCCAGCCCACUUAAUCACUCCAGCCGGCAGUGCCCCCGCCCAGCCCAUUCUGGAGGAUAAAAGGGGGCUGCCCUCCAGGCCCAGAGCCACCCUCUGCACCCUGCUGAGCUCUGUUCUCUCCAACCGCCAAGCCCCUGUGUCCAGCUCGCGCUCCGCCGGGAACGAGCCGUCAUGUCUCGCCAGUCCAGCGUGUCUUUCCGCAGCGGGGGCAGCCGUAGCUUCAGCGCUGCCUCCGCCGUCACCCCGUCCGUCUCCCGCACCAGCUUCACCUCCGUGUCGCGGUCCGGGGGUGGCGGGGGUGGCUUCGGCAGGGUCAGCGCCGGGGGUGCUUGCGGGGCCGGUGGCUAUGGCAGCCGGAGUCUCUACAACCUGGGGGGCUCCAAGAGGAUCUCCAUGAGCGCCAGCGGGGGCAGCUUCAGGAACCGAUUCGGGGGUGCUGGCGCCGGCGGUGGUUACGGCUUCGGCGGGGGCGCGGGCAGCGGAUUUGGCUUCGGCGCUGGAGCAGGGGGCGGCUUCGGGCUCGGUGGGGGAGCUGGCUUCGGCGGCGGCUUCGGGGGCGCCGGCUUCCCCGUGUGCCCGCCCGGAGGCAUCCAGGAGGUCACCGUCAACCAGAGCCUCCUCACGCCCAUGAACCUGCAAAUCGACCCCACGAUCCAGCGGGUGCGCACCGAGGAGCGCGAGCAGAUCAAGACCCUCAACAACAAGUUCGCCUCCUUCAUCGACAAGGUGCGGUUCCUGGAGCAGCAGAACAAGGUCCUGGACACCAAGUGGACCCUGCUGCAGGAGCAGGGCACCAGGACCGUGAGGCAGAACCUGGAGCCCCUGUUCGAGCAGUACAUCAGCAACCUCAGGAGGCAGCUGGAUGGUGUCCUGGGCGAGCGGGGCCGCCUGGACUCCGAGCUCAGGAACAUGCAGGACCUGGUGGAGGACUUCAAGAACAAGUAUGAAGAUGAAAUCAACAAGCGUACCACGGCUGAGAACGAGUUUGUGAUGCUGAAGAAGGACGUGGACGCCGCCUACAUGAACAAGGUGGAGCUGGAGGCCAAAGUUGAUGCGCUGAUGGAUGAGAUCAACUUCCUGAAGAUGUUCUUCGAGAUGGAGCUGUCCCAGAUGCAGACCCACGUCAGCGACACGUCCGUGGUCCUGUCCAUGGACAACAACCGCUGCCUGGACCUGGACAGCAUCAUCGCCGAGGUCAAGGCCCAGUACGAGGACAUCGCUAACCGCAGCCGGACGGAAGCUGAGUCCUGGUACCAGACCAAGUACGAGGAGCUGCAGCAGACGGCCGGCCGGCACGGGGACGACCUCCGCAGCACCAAGCAGGAGAUCUCCGAGAUGAACCGGAUGAUCCAGAGGCUGCGGGCCGAGAUCGACAACGUCAAGAAGCAGUGCGCCAACCUGCAGGCCUCCAUCGCCGACGCCGAGCAGCGCGGGGAGAUGGCCAUCAAGGACGCCAAGGGCAAGCUGAUCGAGCUGGAGGACGCCCUGCAGAAGGCCAAGCAGGACAUGGCGCGGAUGCUGAAGGAGUACCAGGAGCUCAUGAACACCAAGCUGGCCCUGGACGUGGAGAUCGCCACCUACAGGAAGCUGCUGGAGGGCGAGGAGUGCAGGCUGAGUGGAGAAGGAGUCGGACCAGUCAACAUCUGUAAGUAACUGAACAGACGUUAA